AUGCAGUUGAGCCACGCCAGCAGCGAGAGCUUGCGCGAUGGCAAGGGCUUCUCCAGCGCCCAAUUCGAAAGCACGUCCGAAUACGACUAUCUCUUCAAGAUUCUACUUCUCGGAAGCCAGGGAGUCGGUAAGUCGUCGCUUCUGGGACGGUUCGCGGACAACGAAUUCAUGGACACCUACCGCACUACCGUGGGCGUUGACUUCAAGAUCCGGACGGUGGACAUUGACGACAAGGUGGUCAAGCUGCAGCUAUGGGACACGGCCGGACAGGAGAGGUUCAAGACAGUGACGAACACGUACUUCCGCGGCGCCCACGGUGUCAUUGUGGUCUACGACAUCACGGACCCCAAGAGCUUCUCGCAAAUCAACGAAUAUUGGUUGAAGGAGGUCGAGAUGCACGCCCCUCCAAAUGCCGCCCUCAUGAUCGUCGGUAACAAGAGCGAUCUGGAUGACGACAGGUCAGUUGACCAGCGAAAGGCAAAGGAGUUCGCCAAGAACAAGGAGGCGCUCUUUCUCGAGACCAGCGCCAAGGACGGCGAUAAUGUCAACAAGGCGUUCCUCCUUCUCGCUGAAACCAUCAAGUCCAGGAUCCACUGA